GGUCAUUUCGAAGUUUCGCGCCAAACCAGGGAAGCAAAGUGUAAACAGUCCCACACAGCAGAAGUUAGCUACCUCGCUAAUAACUUGGCAGAUAUCUACUUUUGAACUACUGUGAGUUUUUAAUGGAAACACAUUCGUACCUUCCCGUGCCUCCCGGAGUGGGGAUGGAAGAGAAUUUCUUAUCUCUUGAUGACAUUUUGCUUUCUCACGAGAGGCUACCCAGUCGGACAGAAUGCACAUUUCCCCGACUGGGAUUCCUGGAGAAAUCGAGUGACUCGCGAGACAUUCAAGAGGGUACGAAGAUGGAGAUGCCCCUGUUCCUGGCAAAGGGCUUGUAUGAGAGGAAGAGGCGUGUUGUCUCAGUGGAGCUGCCUAAGGUCUACAAAGAGGGCUGGAGGACUGUGUUCAACGCAGACCCCACUGUAGUAGACCUUCACAAGAUGGGACCCUAUUACUAUGGCCUCGGCUCCCAGUUGCUGCACUUUGACAGCCCUGAGAAUCCGGAGAUUGCCCAGGCAGUACUUCAGACAUUCAUUGGUCGUUUCCGCCGGACCAUGGAUUCCUCACAGAAUGCCUACAACGAAGACACGUCAGCCCUGGUGGAGCGCUUGGAUUACCUGGAGAGGGCACUGUUUCGGGCAGGGCAGAGCGGCCUCAACAGCUUCCAGAACUGGGAGAGGGGCCGCGCAUCAACCAUCACUGCCUCUAGCCUGGUGCUCAACUACCGCAAGAGGAAGAUCACUGAUCUGCAGCCCUGAGGGACAUCUCCAAAGAUGCAUCCCAAAUGUCACCCUAUUCCCUAUACAGUGCACUACUUGGGCCCUGGUCAAAAGUAGUGCAGUAUAAAGGGAAUAUGGUGCCAUUUGGAACCCAAAGCAACAGGCCAGAAGAGAAAUUACUGAGUUGAAAGGAGAGUAGUGGAGGUGUGUGUGUCAUAAAAGAUAGAAAACUGAUUCCCACAUGAAACUUAGCUGAGUUUUGCUUUUAUGUUAUGGUGUAAUCUUGUUUUAUUUUGAGAUCUUUAUACACAUUCUGUACACAAAUGUUUUUCAAAGACUUUGUAAAUAAUUUAAAAAAUAUCUGCUUUAUGUAAUGUAAGUUUGAAUGUUUAUCAAAUUAAAGCUACCGUAGUCUUUAAAUUGGAUGUCAUCCUUAAAGUAAGAAAUGUUGCAGUUUAACAGGAAUGUAAAAAAAAAAAAAAAAAAAAAAAAAGUAGAGUUGCCUUAUUUUGCCAACGCAUGUGGCCAUGCAUUUCAUCAGGGAAGAUAAGGCAAAACAACUUUUAAAUGGUUGUGUAAGGAUUAACAGGAAUGUAUUACCAUAUUAUCUAGCUCUGCAUGCAUAAUGAAUGUAACCUACCCUUUCUUCAUAAAUGUCAUUAUUACAACAACAACUUAAUGAAUAUAUGCCAGAACUGAUUUACUGCACAUCUAUUUAGUCUGUUUGAAAACCAUCUACAGUACAUCAUCAUAUGCUGUGUUCAUAACCAAGUGGGAAGGUGGUAUUUAUCACACGACUGGGGAAAAUCCACUGGAACGCCCCACCAACGGGUAAUUAUUUAACUAGGCAAGUCUUUUGAGAACAAAUUCUUAUUUACAAUGAUGGCCUACCAAAAGGCCUAUGGGUGCUUGGUUUAAAAAUAUAGGACAAAACACCCAUCACGACAGGAAGAUAAUUACUAGUGGGAAACGAUCAUCCCUGAGCUCAGGCUUCUUCCACACGCUAAGUAAAUGACAUCUAACAGUGUUUUUGUUAGUUAAAUGCAAAAACAUUUUUUAACAAGAAGCAAUCUAUUCAUUUGGUUUUUAAACACUUGAAUUUGUUUCCAAGCAUGAUAGCUGUACUUUUAGUUUAUGGUGGACGCAGUUUGUUGGCCAUUAGCUGAUCAGCGUUUCUCAACGAGUUCAAAGCACAUGAAUAUAUCCAACUGGUAUUUAUGACUUCACAACUAGUAACAACGUUAGUCUACAGAGGAGCAGCUUGGAUCUCUGCACAUAAAGAAUGAUGAAGGAUUCUUAUCUGUCCCAUUAUGUCAUCUGAGCACACAGGCAGAGCCAUUGAGGCCAUCUCCAUUUUGAAGUAGUCCAUGUUCCUCUACUACUUCUAUGAGUUGGUAAACGGGCUGAAAAGGCGCAUACUGCCAUCUGGAGUGUGUUCAUUAGCUGAUCCCUCUUGAUGACCUGGAUGGAAUUAUGUGAUCGUGCUCAAACAGGCUUUUGGUCACUAGACUCCUAUCUAUUGAUCUGCCAUAGAGCCCGUAGUCAUAACAGCACAGAGAGCUGUUGAUGCUGCUGCAUUAGCUACGCAUUGGUUGUUAGGGGACUUCAUCUUUACAAUGAAACUGCCGUAAGGCAUGACCCAGUUAAAAGUACAUCUAAUUUGUACUCUGUCAGCAUCAAAGUUUCAGCCUGUGAACAUUUUAAUCCACAGGGAAUGAUUCUUGACUCAAAAUGUGAAUUGGCAAAAAAAUGUCAUCUCAAUUUGUUUAACCUGAAAUGUGGUUUGCAUAAUGUAAUCCUCUGUUUACAGUACCUAUUCAUGUGGUGCAGUGUCUGCAUAAUAAUGACUGCAGUGACGGGGAGCUCUCAGAUGUGUUAUGGCCAGCUGACGGCGCAGGGUUACAACGUCAAGUUUUGAAUGGUUUAUUUUUGCAAAAGUGUUUUCGUGUUAAUGUGUGAUACAUAAACGUGAGUGCGUUGA